AUGAGAGAUUUCCAAGAUCAAGUUGACGCAAAUCGAGAUGACAUCCCAUUGAAAGAGGCCGGAACUGAGAGUGACGAUGAUGAAGAGAAGCAAGUCUAUCCACCGAACUCAAAGCUUGCUCCAAUUUUAAUCGGACUUUGCUUUCAAUCCUUUUGUAUUGCCUUGGACAACACAAUCCUUUCCACAGCCAUCCCUAAAAUCACCGAACAAUUCAACUCACUAGGUGAUUUAUCGUGGUAUGCCAGCGCUUACCUUUUAACCACAUGUGCCGUCACCCUGCCAUUCGGCAAGGUAUACACAUAUUAUUCGACAAAAUGGACAUAUAUGAUUGCUCUCGGCUUGUUUGAACUCGGGUCUCUGAUAUGUGCCGUGACACCAACAUCCAAAGGAUUGAUUUUUGGGCGAGCAAUUGCCGGCAUUGGAUCUGGAGGAUUAUCGCCGGGUGCUUUACUCGUCCUGGCGAAUAGUGUGCCCCUUCACCGACGUGCCCUCUAUUUCGGGAUUAUCGGUAGUACUAGUGGAAUUGCGACAAUCACAGGACCAUUGCUAGGAGGACUCCUCACUGAUCAUGUCAGUUGGAGAUGGUGCUUUUGGAUAAAUCUACCCUUUGGCGUCCUCACUGGACUUGUCAUUUUACUUUUCUUCAAGGAUUCUACUGCACCAAAGCCCGAAAUCAGUCGCCUCGGGCAACUAAAGCGAAUGGAUCCUCUUGGUUUACUUGCAUUCAUCCCCGCCAUCGUUUCCCUUCUAUUGGGCCUGCAAUGGGGCGGCACCAAAUACAGGUGGAACAAUCCUAGAAUAAUUGCUCUAUUUGUUCUGUUUGGCAUAUUCAGCUCUGUGUGGUGUAUUAUCCAGAUUUGGAAGCAGGACGACGCUACCGUACCGCCACGUUUACUUAAGAACCGCAAUGUACUCGGGGCAGUGAUUCACGCAACAUUCCUCGGUGGCUCCUUUUUUGUCUUUGGAUACUAUCUCCCAAUCUGGUUUCAAGCAGUCAAGGAAGAUUCCGCAUCAGAAUCCGGAAUCAACAACCUUCCAAUGGUAGUAGCUAUGAUUGUAUUCUCUGCUCUAGGAGGACUACUCGUUAAUAUCCUCGGAUACUAUACACCACUCAUGUUCGUCGGAAGCGCAUUUCUCACGAUUGGCUCGGGGCUGUGUACGACUUUCAAAGUGAACAGUGGACACACGCAGUGGAUUGGAUACCAAGUGAUUCUUGGAAUUGGAGCUGGACUUGGCUUUCAGCAAUGCAUCAAUGCCCUUCAGACUACACUACCAUUACGGGAUAUCCCAAUCGGGAUUGCAAUCAUCACAUUUGCACAGAGUCUCAGUGGAGCAAUGUUUGUUUCAAUUGCCCAAACUGUCUUUGGGAAUAGCCUUGUCGCUAGCAUUGCGGUCAAUGCUCCCAGUGUCAGCCCAAAUGCGUUAAUAAACGCCGGGGCUGCGAAUUUAUCCCAGCGUGUGCCCAAAGAGAUUCUUCCCUCUGUUCUACAUGCUUAUAACAUUGCUGUUAUCCAGACAUUCUAUGUGUCUGUUGCUGGUGCACUACUGUCUUUUGUCGGUGCUGGACUUGUUCAAUGGAAAUCCAUGAAACGAUGA